AUGUUCUUACGAGUCCUUUUAGCGACCAGCAUCCUAUCUUCUGAAAUGGUUGCCAGUGGAAAUAUUCGCUCUAACACGAUGUACAAGAAGACCCUUAGCAACAAAGAUGCUUUGUGUAACGACGGAACAACAGCAAUUUAUUACAUGGAUGUUCAGGAGCCAUCACAGUGGAUUAUAUUUUUGGAGAGCGGAGCGUAUUGUCUCACAAAGGCUCAAUGUCAUGCACGAUUUGGGAGCGAGUUAACGAACGCUCUAAUGACAUCCAAGUACAUGCCAAGCACAAUCAGUGGGAAGGACUUGCUCUCAACAACUCGAAACGAGAAUAAGUUAUUCUACAAUUAUUCACGUGUUUUGAUACCGUAUUGCAGCAGCGAUGCAUGGCUGGGAACACAAAACAGAGCAUCAAGCAGUGUGGAACAGUUUGUUUUCAGCGGUAAAAUCAUUUUUCAAAGCGCUAUUUAUGAGCUGCUCGACCAAGGUUUGAGCCGAGCGCGUGAGGUUGUUUUAGUUGGGAGCAGCGCGGGAGGGGUGGGUGUGAUCAACCACGUACAAUGGUUACAAGACCUUAUGUCAUCCAGGAAUUUACAUGUUAGUAUUUCAGUGAUCAUAGACGGUGGAUGGUUUUUGAAUUUCCGAGAGAGCAUCACAUUAAAGGUUGCUAAGGAAUUCUACAUCAUCGGUAAGCCGUUAUCAAGCGCAUGUGCAGAUACUACUCAUGGGUAUCCGUGCUGUUUGUCAGCUUCAUGUAUGCUUAAACGGGGAUACUACCCAUCAAACGUGCCAACGCUAUUUGUGUUCAGCAUGUAUGAUAUUUAUAUCAUUGGAGACAUUGUCGCCCGUUUGUCGAAAAGAGUUUCCGUCGCAGAUCACGGUGUGACAGAUCUGUUAACUCUGAUCGAGUCAUAUGGGGGUGCCAUGAACCAAUCUUUGUUUGCAAUUGAACCCAGAUCUUCAAACCUUAGUUACUUUGUGCCCGCGUGUUUUCAGCACACUUUCUUUGGCAUGUCAAGUUUAAGAGAUGAAGGAGAAGCGCUUCACUACAGUCGAAUGUUCAACCAGGGAAAUGCUUUUUUCCGGUGAGUUGUCAGAAUUCUUUCAUUCUCUCGUUCAUUACGUUUUUUUUUUUUCUAUUUCUUUUGGUCGUGCAAUCACUAUACUUCGUGCUUUCGUUUGUGUCUCUGUUUAUUCGGUUUUUGUUGUUCCCUCGUCCCUUCGUUGGUUGAUCAUUUUCUUGUUCAUGUCUUCGUUAUUUGUUUGUUCUUUUGUUACUUAAUUCUUUCGUUCCUUGUUCGUUGGUUCGUUUAUUCGUUCGCCUUUUCGUUUGUUCGUUCGUUCGUUCGUUAGUUCAUUCGCUCGUCAGCUCAUUCAUUCGUUCCUUCAUUCGUUUGUCUGCGCGUUCGUUCCUUCGUUGGUUCGUUCGUUUGUUCGUGUGUUCGCUCCUUCGUUCGGUGGUUUAUUCGUUCGUUCGUUCAUUCGUUUGUUCGUGCGUUCGUGCGUUCGUGCGUUCGUUCACUCGUUAGUUCGUUCCUUUUUUUCGUUGAAAUAGUUGGAGAAUUAAUUUUUUUAUUACAAUAAUUUACUACUUUCUAAAAAAUUUCUCCAGCUUGUCCAAAGUACCCGGAAGUUGGUUGCGUACGACAAUAAGACGUGGAAACGAAAUCAUUAGUUUGCAGUCCACUCUUCAAAAAUGGUUUGAGAAACGUCAUCAAUCUGUGAGAGUGACUGACACCUGUCUUGGACCAAUGUGCAAUCCCACGUGCUCGGAGUCACUUAAAUUUGUGGACACCGCUGUGGACUGGGGAGAGGUGCUCAAUUGGGUUAUUCUAUUCUUGUCCCUGGUACCCACUGGUGUUUGUGUAGCGGUUAAGAUCUGUUUUAUGGUCCAGUUACUUCUCUUGGCACGAAAUAAAAAGCAAUAUCUUGGAGACCAUAAGGAGUCGCAGCAGGUAAAAUUGUACUAGUCAUAAGUUUAUGUUGCAAGUAGGGAUCUACUCCCAUUGACGAGAAUAGAAUAUUCUGGUCGAGCGAUGCGGAUGCAACUCGGCUUUUUCUUGAUGAUUUGCUUGUGAGCGCUAAAAAGCUCAAAAUGGUAUUAUGCUAACUUCCACUUUUGUACAAUUCCGUCAGAAUCGCUCUGUGUCGUCCGCUUUCAAACGCAUUCGUUUCAAAUCAGACGCUUUCGUCAGAUUUCGGACAGUUUUAUCCUAUAUUGGUCCGGUUGCACCCGAUUUCAAACAUUUUCGGACGGCUCUAUUUGAUUUCAGACACGUGUGUCCGAAUUAGGGCGGUUUCAUUCGAUUUUGGCCUGUUCUGUCCGAUUACGGACACGUCCGCCCCGUAUCGGGUGGUUUCGUUUUCGGACAGAUCCGCCUGAUUUCGGAUGUUUCCGUUCAUAGGUGAGUUGUACCCAUACAUGCCAUACAUUUCGAGCCAUAGCCCUUGGUCAGAGAGAAUGGCUCUGACGAAGGACUAAGGACUCGAAACGUCAGCUUUGGAACUCUUUACGGUGGCCAGUUUACAUCAUCAACUCAGUUGAUAAAAUCAAAUUAUCAUACUAAAUGAUAUUUGUCGUCAUUUUUAUUGGGAUUAAACAUAUUGACUAUUUUUAUCUUUUUCAUUUGUUUAAGGUGUCCGGUUAUGAACCUGGCGAGGCAAUAACACUUUUACUGUACUCGUCCUCACAAGUUUCUAAUCAUUCCCCAAGUUUCGAAAAUCUGGAACCAGUUGUCCAAGAAGAUUUCAAAGAACGAUCAAUGAAGGAGGAGGAUACGUUCUCUAAUAAUACAAUAUUUUACCGAACAGCGCAAUAUCUACGUUUAUUAUUUCUCCAAAAUCAUGGGAACGAACAGUUUAAAAACAAUGCGAUUUGCAAAGACGUUAAAUGCUCGGAAAAUAAAGAAAAUAGCGGUUUUUCUCGUUCAACUAUCAAGAAUGAUCCAGAAAGAAGGACAGACGGAAAGAAAGAUUCCUGUAUGUUGAGGAUCAAGAACGCCACAUUGAGCUUCAAACAAGGUGAAUUUAUUGCAAUAGUGGGAAAGCAUGGAGCUGGUAAAACAAAACUACUGAGUCUUUUGAGUGGAAAAUUAAAGUGUGGAUGUAAGCAGGUAAAACACAACUUUCUUCUUAAAAUACCAGGAGUAUUAUCCCGUUUCGAAGAUAAUUCGACAAAAAUUUCAUGAUAAAAGGCAACAAGUAUCGGUUAAGUCCGCGGACAACAAUUAGAUUUUCGCUGCUUCGCUGCUAACUGAAAAAGAAGCCAAAAUAAUCAGUUGCCUUUGAGUUUUUUUCUAUCUUAGCAUCCUUACCUUCGAUUAGUCAGGUUUUCUGACACUCACCUCUUAGAAGGCUCGAAAUCUAUCACACCUGCAAUUUAUUUAAAACUAAAUUUUUGAAAACAGAGUUCAAGUCAGAUACCCUUAACACAAUCUUUAGCUAUCGUCCAUGACAAUUGCUCUGACGACUAAGUUCGAAGAGCGCUUGCGCCAAAACUGGUGCUCAGACCCUUUUUCCGUGUCUUCAUCCGCCAUUUGUAAUUUUUACGCGAAUUACCGCUGUACUCUUGGUCCCAGACUCUGGCUCUCUGUAGCUGGUAUUGGUAACAUCCUGUCAGAAGUCUCUAAUCUCCAUUCUUUCAUUUUACAGAAACAUCUCAAUAUGCAAGGUAGCGCACAAAAGGAAGCUCGAAAUAGUUAUAUUUUUCUCAAUCAAUUUAAGAUGCCUUAUUAUGGAGAGGUUACGGUUAGACAGUAUUUAAUUCUAACCGCUUUGAUGAGAAUGUCCAGAAAAACGAAAACUGCGGUCAAGUUGGAAAGAGUGGACCAGGUGAUGUCCGAGGUAUGUGUAAUUAAAAAAAAGAGAUGGUCGAAAAAAAAUGUUUAAACAAAUAUUGACUAAAGCAUGAAUAAAGAAAUUAAGAGACUUUUCAAACAAAAACGAAACGAGGAGAGUCGAAAGAUAGUGCUUGUGGAUAAAUUUUGUCUGCUACCCGCGACCUUUAUUAAGAUGAAACGGUGUUUAGGAAAAGAGCGAGAUAUUAACGGCGUAUUUCUAUUAUUCUCAUAGAUGAGACUAAAUUCUUUAGCAGAGGAAACGUUUGGUGGGUCGAGUAAAGAGAACCUUACCGACUUACAGGUUUGUUUGUAUUUUAAAGCACAUAUUUACCGAGCGUCGUUAAAAAACCUCAAGCAAUCAAAACAGCCGAUCAGAGUGCUGGAAAAUACCACAGGAAGCCAAUGAUAACUUAAAGAAACAAGAAAAUAUGAAGCGCGGGUUAAGGAGAGUUACAAGAAGUUUUAGUGUUGCAUCUGAUUGGUUGAGAAAGCAGUUCAUGUAUCAGGCGUUGACCAAUCACAAUGAAAAGCAAAGUAAAACCAAUGACUCCUCCCUUCCUCUCUCUAAAAGAGGAUGGCUCUAUCCGUCUAAAAUAAUUUUUUUCCUUUGCUUUGAUGCUUUUUUUCUGUUUGUUUGUUUUUUUCUCUCGUUAAUCUAAUCUCUUUCUCAAUUUUUUCCAGAAGCGCUGUAUGUGCCUGGCAAAUCAGCUCAUUACCAGACCUCGAGUCAUAUUCUUAGAUGAACCUAUUGCAGGUAGAGUAAAGACUGGGUACGACAUAGGAUAUAAGUUAGCUCUAGAGCUCACCAAGGAUGAGAUAUAUCUCGAGCAGCACUGUUUUAACUCAGUGUCAUUCAUUGCUGAUAUUUUCACAUUUUUAGGUCUGGACUCUGCCUCUUCCAUAGAAAUGCUGAACAUUCUAAAACACCUUUGUAACAAUGGACGCCUAGUAAUAAUGACCAUGCAGACUCUACCUGGUAAAACAGCCAUGAUGUUCAAUCAACUGGUUUUAGUUGCUGAUGAACAGGUAAGCGAGGACCCCAACCCCCUCCCCCAUUUUCGAUACAACGUCAUCACUAUGAAGUUUCUCGUUUAUCAAACCAUGACAGUAUUGUAAAUUGCAUGGGACCUCCCAUUAAGCUUCUAUGACAGUCAGACGUUAACUGUGUUCUUAAUUUUGACCCGCCAGGUUAUAUAUUGUGGUGACCCUGCAAGACUCUUAGAUUGCUACGAUCGCGUGUCACAAGAUAAAAGAGGAUUAGAGGGUAAUACAAUCUUCGAUAUGUCUUAGGAUUCGCGCGUUUUGUAUUCUAGUGUAACUUAACCUUCAAACGAUUUUCUUUACCUGCAAUCACGUAAUAUUUUGGAUGCCUUUUUGCUGAGGAAUUCCGUUGACGUAUUUAUUUUCCCUUUUGAUCUAUUUCCGCCAUUUGGAAGACAUUAUUUCAGAUAUUCUGCGAAAUGAGAAGAUGAUAGAGGCCACUUUGUUACAAAAUCAGUCUGAAAAGUGGAGAGAGGACGACUUCCGCUCAAAAAACGCAAAUAAGAAUCUCUUGUCAUCUUCGUCUGAAAGGUAUGUCUGGAACAAACAUUAAUCAAUAACCCCUUUCACCCUAACAUCAGUAUGCGCCAUCUUCAUGCUGUUCUCUACACAUUUCAUAAGGUGCUGAUGGGAAGAAAUUGUUUAACAAUCAAGAGUUGACUUGUCUUGAGUCGGUGAUAUCUUCUUUCAUCCUUGUGACCAUAACGUUUGAUUUAGGGGUGAUAUUGUACUGAAAAUUAGAUGCUAGUCAUUCUUAGGGGUGAAAGGCUUUAAACAACAUUGUAUUUGACUCUGGUCAAUAAAUUAGUGAAGGCUGAUUCUUUGUUUCGCUUCAUAUACUCUUAACAAACUGUCCUUGUUUUUAGUCCAGAAGAUGGUGGAUUCCUUACCAGGCUUUUUGUGAUAGACUACAGAGCCUCGUUAUCGAAUACUUUUGGACAGACAGUGUACCUGCCAAUCAUGUUCCUCGUAUUUGGAGUGACAGCGGGAAUAGUUUAUUGGCAAGCGGAGACGCCGUUACAAAUAAUGACCGCCUACUGCGGUUCGUCUAUUCCCAGUCUCUUAUUCAUGGGCUCGGUUCUUCACAAGCGAAUCAACAAGAAUUUGGAAGUGAGUGAAAAAAAGAGUUUUUUUUAUUGCAGUAUCUAGCUUUAUUUCAAAACUAUGGCGUUUUUUAUUUGAGUAUCACCAGACAGAACCAAAGUAAUAUCCAGAGCGAAAAUAUACGUCAUAGAAUUUCCUCGUAAGGCGACGUCAAGCGCGGGAAAACACAGCUGAGCGACCGAGCCUUGAUUGCUCGUAGAUAUACAUUCUUCGCUCUGACGAAGGGCUAAAGCUGGAAACGUCAGCUCUGGAACUCUUUACGGUGGCCAAUUUACGUUAAGAGUUUAAAGCGCAAAGCGCCACGCAGAAAAACCAGUAUAUUCCCAUAUGUCCUUCCACGCUUUUAUAAAACGAAAACUGUUUCCCUUACAGCAUGAAAGAUGUCCUUUUUACCUCAGAAUGGUCUGCAGAACUAAAGGAAUGUAUUUGUUGAUGAAAUAUUUUGGCUGUUUAAGAGAAGCAUAUAUAGUUUUUAGGACACUAUAAUCGGCACAGAGCUACUAGAAAGUUUGAAUUUGCUCUAAAGAGCAACUUUUCAUUUUCCCUUUUCUCAGAUUCGACAAAUAGAAUCUUCAGAAAACGUCGGUUUCUCAUACGAACACGUGAUGCAGACAUUUCUUAGCACAUCCGCUGCCUAUGUGAUACCAGUGAUCGCAUGCUCAGUUUUGACUUACUUCAUGGUGUUCACGUCAUACAACUGGUGGCGAUUCGUCCUAGUUACAAUUACGUCACUGGUGUUGAACCAAACGUGGAUUGCAGUUUACAUGUUGGCAACUUACAUUACACCGAGUAACGCGUGUCACGCAAGCGGCGUCAUAGCUGCAUUAGGAGGAUUCUCCGGCGGAUUCAUUGUCACAUGGAGUCAGAUGCCCAUAGGGUGGGUAUGGCCGGUUUUAUUUAUCUGGUGAAGCAUUGUUGUUUGACUUACUUUAAAUCGGAUUGGUUGGCAAAUGUUUUUUUUUUCUUCCUUUCUAAAGAAGAGGAAUUCUUAGGGCUUAAAAAGCGAGAGAGAGGUUUUAUAAGAAAGGGACAUUUUGUAAAUUCAAGGUUUUUGACGGACCUAUUUGAGAGGAAUGGAUUAUUAAAGAUCUGAAGUUUCGGACGGAGGGCACGUUAUCGAGGGGUGCUUAUUAAUAAUCUGUGGAUGAAAAAGGGAAGAGUAGCUUAUGAAAAAGGGGCAUUUAAGAUGGGGGGGGGAUUCUAAAGGAGUGAACUUAUCAGAGCGUCAAAGGUAUUCUUGAUAAAUAAUAACUACGUCUCAUUCGGCGCUUUUGUCAUUUCAGGUACAACUUAUUAUUUUACGUCAAUCCUCAGUUCUAUGGCUACUCUGCGAUCACCAAAAUCUUGUUAAAGAACGUUCGAAUGAAAUGUGAAUACGAAUCCACACUGAACUGUAUCAGUAUGGAUGGUAAUGCUGUGUUGGCCAGAUUUGUGUUUGACUCGGUCAAUCCUUAUGGUUAUUUAGUGGUAAGUCCAGAGUUUUCUUAGACUUACUUGAGUUUUACUUGUUAAGUGGGGGUGUUGUAUAACACCAGGAUCUGUUCACAGAACACUUUAGUUAUAACCAUUCACCAAAGUGAAGCGGAGGUGGCCAGUGUUGGAAAUUUACAAGCUGCGAAGCCGCGUGGUAAAUAUCCACUGCUAGCUAUUGACACCGAGGUGAAUAGUUGUUUUAUUAUAAACUAAAACAGUGAGAUAAUAUAGCAAAAAACAGAUGAUUUUAACUCGUUUACUCCUGCAACGAUUACCAUAUUUUUUUUGUUUUUUGGCAUUUUACAAAACAUUACUCUACUUAUAAUACACUACAGGACUCAGUUACAACAACGAUUACAAUAUUCCGGGCGCAAAUCCUGCGCGAGUAGCUCGGAUGUGAAUAGCAAAAGAUAUUCCGAGUUUGAGUAGCCAAUGAGAGCGCACCUUCAACGUUAUCCGCUGAUCUUGUAUUUAACGAUUAUUCGCCGAAGGCAAAGUGAAUAUUGUUGAAUAGCCGCAAUUGCUGGCAGGUGUGGACCAAAAGUGCUGGCUAGUCUGCCAUUUUACCAUUGGUGUUUGUAUGUUCAAGAGGAGCGCAGCUGCUAAAUGUAACCUUUUUUCUUUUAGAUAAUGCUCUGUAUCACAGUGUUAUCGCUGCUUUUUUCCUGGCUAUUGUGUGACGUGAGAACAUCUCGAUGACGUCAUCACGAAGUUAACUACGCGUCGAAAAAAACUGGUGAGAGAUGUUUUCUGUUAAGAAUGAAAAAAGUUCAAGGAAAGAAGUUUUUAUUUCCAUUAUCAUAUGGCCCUUAAAACACCGCGCGCGGUUUUAUUGGAAAAUGUGGUGUAAUAGAAAAUUCCCUUAUGAGGGCCCCACGAGAUGGCAGUAGCAGGUCCCGGGUCGGGAAAAAGACCCGUGGCCCCGCAUGAUGCGAGCUGAAGGAAGGAAGGAAGGAAGGAAGGUGACCAUAACACUCAAUGACAGAGUUAGGGCAGAUCAGCCAGAUGGGAAAAUACUUGGCUCUCGAUCAUGACCACAAGCCAAACAUUUUUGGCGUUCGGCCCUUCCACUCACCCAGCAAUAAGCAGUCUUUUUUUUUUUUUUUUUUUUUUUUUUUUAGGUUAUUUAAGGCCACUUGAAACCUGUCACGUUAUUUUUGUAUUAGGCAAAGUUUCCCAUACCAUUUUUUGAGCAUGAGUUAAUCUCAUUUUUUAAGUUUUUUUGCAUGUCCAUUGUGCUAUCGAUAUACGCAAAGACUUCAUAAUUUUGCUGAACAAUAAAAUUUUCUGACCGAUCGUACUAUCAAUUUUUUUACCUCAAACGCAAAUGAAUUUCAUGAUUUUUGCAUGCUUGCAGUUUGCUGUCUGAACCUUUUCGGCGAUAGAUAAUGAGUUUUUCUUGUCUCUCGACACAGUCGUCUUUAUUACUAAGGACGGUGGUACGAGUUUGCUAAAGCAAACUCUAUCUCGAUGAAUUCGUCAAGAAGGCGUUAAUUUACUUCCUGAAAACCGACAGUUUUUUCGAUUUUGCUCGUGAUUAAGUGAAAACAUUUGUCACAAUUAGGAUAAGGCAAUUUUUAAAGUUGAUAACAAAGACAAAGAGGUGACGGAUUUAAGAUAGUGUAGUUUCAUUGAUGUCGUGCAUUAUACCUAAGAGAAAUAAUUUGUAGAGGAUCGAAAUGAACUUUUGAAAAUGCGUGGAUCAGAUCGUGUGAGUUUUAUCGGCCCAAGUAGAUUUCUCAAGGUCAUGCAAAUCAAGUGUAAUAUCUAAAUGUGAGACGGUUCAACAAUCUCGUUAACCUCAGGGAUAACUGAAUUAGUAUGGUAACCGCAAAGGUCGUUUGAGCAAAAGAGUUUAAAGUCCGCUAAUUCAUGCGCAAGCGGUUAAGAUAAUCUAAUUUGAGGACGCGUUUGUUAUGUGGUUUGUCACGGUGUCGAUUCAUUUGAAUCGGUUGUAGUGGGUCUAUCGAUAUUUCUUCAGAUAAGAAACAAACGAACAGAGAGGGUUACCGAACUUUUUUUUAUUCUACAAACAUUUUUUUAUUCGUGUGUUAAUUAGAUUUUUAAAUUGCUUUUUGUUAUUAACACAUGGAGGAAGGAUUAGCCAACCAAACGUAGUUUUAACAAAAAGAUAUCAAUUUCCAUUGUUAUUAAUAAACGUAUGGUGGAUUAACUUAAAAUAGUUAUAAAAAAAAAUUAAUUAACUUUUUGAUUUGGUUAGAGAAUUUGUACUUUCAGUUUCCGGGUCAGCCGUGCGCACGCAUAAUAAACAGCAUAGAAUCUGAUCGAACCAGGGACCAUUCGUAUUUUUGUAAGAAUGCACUUCAGACUUCCGGUUGGCUCUUCACAAAAUUCAUAAAAGACAGGCCAUAGAGAUGAUAUCUUAUUUGACCCGCGAUCUUAAAACUGCUAAGAUCAGCGAUGUCUAGAACUUCAUUCAAUAAUAAUAUUCUUCAUUCAAUAAAUCAAUAAAAGGACAAAUUUAACGUUAAGUGGAUCAGUACUGGGCAGACAGUUAGACGAGUUUUCUCAAGUUCGUAAUUGCAAUCUGCUCUAAUCUUCUCUAUUUUUGACCAACUUUUUUUGUGUGCAUUUAUUGGCGUUUGUCUACUGAAGCUUAAGGUUAUUUUAAGCGUUGUCUUAAUCAAGGACACGUGAUUCUCCGUAACGCAAGUUAUGAUAAAUGACUCCUUUCAGCUCUGUCGUUGAAUAAAGAAAAGCGUUUGAAUUUAUUUCGCAAGAACACGGGACAAAAAGAAUUCGUGAUUUGUCAGGAAAUAUCACUGUUAAUUACCUCUCAGGAAGUGAAUAUCACGUGCCCCGACAAGAAAAAGCUACCGCGCAUUUUUCAUUUAUCCCUGCGGUGGGCAUGAGAUCACUGACCUCUUUGUUUAAAAAAACUUAAGUAUCCGAAUAAGUGUUUGUUGUGAAAGACGAUGAGGUUAGCGGUCAAUCGAGACUUGUUUAUGGUCAUUAGGCAAGGCCAUAAUUGUGGUAACUAAAAACGUCAACAAGUCCAGUUUCUCAAAGCUCGCGUGUUAUACGAUCCUCCAUUGGUGUCAGAUGUCUCAUACUAAGGUCAGUGAGUUGUGGUUUGGUACCGCAGACAUCAUUAACGAAUAAAGGCACCCUACGAUUUCAUUCGGUACAGUUUUCAAAAUGAAACCAUUUAGCCCAUUGUUUAUUCUUGGGGCCUUGUUCGCUUGUCUAUCUUCUACCAUCGUCUUAAAACCCACAGCAGCCACCUUAAGCAAACCGCAACGUGCACAAGGUUAGUAUGGUUUCAGAUCAGUUACGCUAUUCGACUCAACGUGCAAAUUUUGGAGUGGGAACCCUUUUGCAUAUGGAGCGCUAACUUCUUGCGAGAUUUUGAUCAAAGCUUUAUAAGAUCUCAGCCUUCUUAAGAACUCGUUUAGGCAAGAACUACAAUUUUGUAGCUUUAGAAUUUGCGCGCCAGCUAAAGAGGAGAAGAGUUUCUUCAAAUUCCGAUGCCCUUGAGAUUACACUUCUCGCAGCCAACUUACUUAAUCAAAAAGGAAUUCAAAUUUCUCAGAACUUUAGGAGAAUGGUGAUGGAUAGCGUAAGAUACAUUUCAUUUAGCAGCAUGCCUCGUUACUGUAAUCGAAGAAGUUAAGAAUGUUUACAAUUUAAUGUUAGAAGCCGCCACAUCGAAAAAGGGCGUUGAAUACUCGACAAGAAAAAAAGCGUGUGUUUCUAACUUUACUUUUGAUCUCCAUGUACCAAAUACAUUUUGGCUGUCUUCUAGUUUCGCCGUAACUCGUAGAAAAAGUACACUAAACUUAGGAAAACAUGUUUUUUAAGGCGGUCGUUUGUAGAUGGGUGAAUUAUGUAAUCAAAGAUUACCUACGUAAUGAGAUCUUAAAUAGGAAAUGCGCAGCUUAUAUUGUACCGUUUCCUUCUGGCAUUACUUGUAUUGAAACUGUUCGCAAAAUAGACAGUAAAUAGAACAUGAAGGAAGGUAAAUUUUGAGCUCUAUCAUGGCACAAAUAAAAUUUUAUACCGUUAGUCAUAAGCAUGGAGCAAAGAUAUUUCCUGGGUCCUUCACGAAGACUUGAAGUACUGUAUUAAAUUCUUUGUUCAAUAACCGAGGUCAAAACCUUAGAGCUACUUCGACGGAAGUGCCCCAACAACUUUGAUCUCAUCGCUUUCUAUCGAUCAGAUGCCUAAAUUUUCUAAACAUGUACUCAUCAUCUUACACAACUUUAAUGAGGGUAGCAAAGAGAGGUGGGAGAGGGGGGGGAUGGUUAGGGGGAGGUCCUGAUUCCAUUUCACGUACGCACGAAAUUUAAGGGAAUUCAUGCGACACGUACUCUUAAAACAGUAUUUCACGCGUCAUGAAUUUAACAGUAAAACUUCAAAUCUCACCUGACCUUGGCUUUCUGUAAAAUUAAUCCGUCGCGUCCUUUAUUUGAUCUCAAUAACGCGUCACGAAUGAAGCCAACUUUUUUAAACUCAACGCAUUCCACACUGGCCAAAAAUGUUAAAAAUUUACUCUCUUUAUCUUAGCUUCUUGGUUUGUGGAACGAAAGCAACGUGUCCAGCGCGAUUUGGGCAGCACUCAAACCCCAAGUAGUAUCACCAACAUAUAUAACUCCACUGCUAAGCCAGCGACGAUUGAACGGACCACGAACUUCAAUCGCGGCAACCAGAGCGCAAGUGAUAUCACUUCGAAACCAACCAAACCAGGUGGAGAAAACAUUGACGAAGUUGCAAGUGAUAGUCACAAGGAGCAAAACAGUAGUCAAGAAUCAACAUCUGCUCCGAAUUUCGCCUAUUCCGGCAGUCCCAAGUCCACCGAUUCCGGAAACUUAAGUAACAAGGUUCCAUACUCUAAAUCGGUUGGUAACGAGGAUGACAACCGUAAAAGAGGCGACAUCCCUUCAGUUGUCAAACAGCACAGUACGUGGAUAGCUCUCCUGGCGAGCAUUUUGUUGUGUGCGUUUAUUCUAUUGCUGGUGCACAUAAUUAGAAAGAGAAGACGAAGAAAGCUGACGAUUGUACCUGAGGAUUGUAAAUGUGGAUCAACUUGCAGCUGUACUGGUAUUCAAGGCACGGAGUUAAUGAGCAGCAGACUUGAAAGUCAUUGCCACCCAGAUGUUACGCUAUCCGGUGCUACUGGCUAGUCAAUUAGAUACCUACAGUAGCUGAAAACAUUUUAAGGGAAAAUGGUCAUUUUCCCACCUUCUGAAUCCACUUUCGAGUCAUCGUGAUCCUCGAGUAUAGUGGUUCUUAUCUUUGUGAUUUAUUUGCAGCUCGCGCUAUUGUUCUAAAUCGCAUCUUUUAUUACCUAGUGAGAAAAAAAAACCUAUUUUUGUAGCGAUCGAGGUCUAGUCUUGAAUUUAGGCGCUUGAAUUGUGCGAUUUUAAAAUGGAUGAAAAAAACAGGCAAUUGCAAUUCGCGACAAGCAAUGACGGUUGGUCUAAAAUCAUGAUGGUGUGAUACCUCUUUUGUUCGAGUUGUUUGUUGUAAAAAGAAAACACGACAACAAUUUUCCAUUGCAAUUUCUCUUAACUUUGAACAUUUUUGUCUCAUUCUGGGAGUGGGUAUUUGGAAAUAAAGCCAA